UCCCCUCUUCGCACUAGCUAGCUAGCUACCACCAUUUCCAGAGUCUCUCUCUCUCGCAAUGGACUUCCCGGAAAACCCUAAUCUGAACCCUAAUUGCAUGCACCUCGCCGACGGCGACCCUUUGUCGCUGGAUUUUGAACUCUCCGAGUAUCUGAUGCUCGACGAUUCAACCUCCCAAAGCCUCGCCUCGUCGGAGAAGACUUAUCACGUCGUGGAUGCCGGCUGCGGUGGAUCCACUGGUGCAACAUCUAGAAAUAAUAACAUAAGCUGCAGAAAUGGGGUCAUGAUGAAAAAUAAGAUGGAUAUUGGUCAUAGGGUUGCAUUUAGGACGAAGUCGCAGCUGGAGAUCAUGGAUGAUGGAUUCAAGUGGAGGAAGUACGGAAAGAAGGCUGUCAAGAACAGCCCAAACCCAAGGAAUUACUAUAAAUGCUCAAGCGGAGGAUGUAACGUGAAGAAGAGGGUGGAGAGGGACAGAGAGGACCCAAGCUACGUGAUAACGACAUACGAGGGAGUGCACAACCAUGAAAGCCCUUGUGUUGUCUACUAUAACCAGACACCUCUUAUGGUUCCCACCGGUUGGACUCUUCAAGCUUCCUCCCUCUCUUCUUCUUCUUCAUGAAAUUUCAUAUUUCCGACUUUAUUAUUAUUAUUAUUAUUCUAAUACUUAUAUAUAUAUAUAUAACAAAGUCAUGACAAUGAAAAUGACAUUUUCUGUAUAAUUCACGUGGAUGGGCUCCGGCCGGAAACCACUUGAUUCAUUGCAAUUUGGAAAUUAACUGCGAUUGCGAUUGAGUUGGCAAUA